CGUGCACUGAUAGUCUGAUUGCAAGCACUCCUUAGAUCGUGGCGGUGCUGAAGAUCUUAUCAUCCGAGUCAGCGCUUACUAUCACUUAGAACACGUCCCUCGACUUCCAAUGGCUGCAAAUAUCAUCUUCGUCACAGGAAACGCAAAUAAACUCAAGGAGGUGAAAGCCAUACUUUCUGACGGCGGCAAUCCGAUCAAAAUUGACUCGAGAUCGCUGGACAUUCCCGAGAUUCAAGGCAGUACGCAAGAAGUUGCAAUGGCUAAAUGCCAGAAAGCAGCGGAAUUGGUGCGAAGUUGCAGGUGCAGGUAUCCAUCUCAAAUCAACCCAGCGAAUCCACAGCUCGGUGGCCCCUGUGUCACUGAAGACACAGCACUUUGUUUCGCAGCCCUGAAUGGUCUCCCUGGUCCCUACAUCAAAUAUUUUCUUGCCGAGCUUGGGCACACUGGGCUGAAUGCACUCCUGGCUGGAUUCGACACCAAGGCUGCUUGGGCGUUGUGCACGUUUGCGUACUCUGCAGGGCCAGGGUCGGAACCGAUCUUGUUUGAGGGUCGGACGGACGGAUCGAUUGUCCCGGCAAGAGGUCCCGGAGUCUUCGGCUGGGAUGCAGUAUUUGAGCCGACAGGAACCGGAUUGACGUAUGUUCUCCCGCUUGGCUCUAUGCUUCAAUAUCAUGAAUACCGACUUGCAGAUAUGCGGAGAUGCCAGCAGAAC